AUGGAGUCUCGACGGAACCCUCGCGCCGUCGUGGAUCCAAAAGUCCGUCAAGUCAGUUUCUUCACUUCAUCACAACCCUAUUCGGCUCUCCCACCCGACCCGAUUGCGUCAGAUUUUCAUCCCGCUUCCACCAUUUCUCCCUCCCGCAACUCCCUCUCCCCCGUCAUGAUUCCUCCACCGCGCCAUAACUUCUCCGAUACCUUCCCUCUUUGCGCCGUCACUACAUCAGCCGUCUCUUCUUCUUUCUUCUUCUACUCCAGCCACCGCGAUUUACCAGACGGUUCAAUGAAGGCGUCUCCUGGACGCGUUUCCAUGGGAAGUUUCUCGAGAUCUUCUCUUGCGUCGUCGCUUCCUGGUGUCGGUAUGGAUUCUAUGGCAGCUGCAAAAUCUAGCAGCGUUCCAGCUAGUGUAUUAACCACUGUCUCUCUCGUGAACAUGCCUCCUAUGGAGGUGCAGAGUGACCAGAAGAAGAGCUCUAAGCCACUGGAACUGAAAGAGAAGACCACCAAAGCUGAGAGACGAGCUCUUCAAGAAGCUCAAAGAGCUGCCAAAGUGGUGCAGCCUGGGCAUGGCUUCUGCUCUGGAUCACUUGAAGGGAAUGGGCAUGACGGUGGGAAGGCGCCUCUAGUGAGCUCAAGCUCGGCGGCUUCAACAAAUGUUAAAGCUGCUAAGCCAGCAAAGCCCCCCUCUUCUCAGAAGAACGAUCUUGCUGGACCAUCUGAGAAAGACAGAAAGAAAGAUGCUCCACAUCCCGCAUGCAAUAUGAUGACGCGAGUAGAGUCGUGA